AUGAAGUUCUUUAUCGAUGACCUACCAGUGAUCUUUCCAUAUCCGAAGAUAUACCCGGAACAGUACCAGUACAUGUGCGAUAUCAAGAAGACGUUGGACGCAGGUGGUAAUAGCAUUCUGGAGAUGCCUUCUGGCACGGGCAAGACGGUGUCGCUUCUGGCGCUGACGGUGGCGUACCAGAUGCACUACAAGGAGCAUCGGAAGAUCAUAUACUGCUCGCGGACGAUGUCCGAGAUCGAGAAGGCGUUGGUGGAGCUGGAAUCGCUGAUGGACUACCGAGCCAAAGAGCUGCAGUACCAGGAGGAGUUCCGCGGACUCGGGCUCACGAGUAGAAAGAACCUGUGCCUGCACCCGCGGGUCAGCAAGGAGCGCAAGGGCACGGUGGUGGACGAGAAGUGCCGGCGGAUGACGAACGGGCAGGCGAGGGCACGCAAGCAGCAGGACCCGGAGGCGAAUGUGGAGCUGUGCAACUACCACGAGAACAUGUACAAUUACUCGCCCGAGGAGUACCUUCCGCUAGGGGUCUACUCGUUUGAGAAGCUGAUCAGAUACUGCGAGGAUAAAACGCUGUGCCCGUACUUCACCGUACGGCGGAUGAUCUCGAUGUGCAACAUCAUCAUCUACUCGUACCACUACUUGCUCGACCCGAAGAUCGAGGAGCGGGUGUCGCGAGAGGUCAGCAAAGAUGCCAUUGUGAUCUUCGACGAGGCGCACAACAUAGACAACGUGUGUAUCGAGUCGUUGUCGCUGGAUCUCACGAAGGACCUGCUGAAGCGGGCCUCGAAGGGCGCCAGCGUUCUCGGUAAGAAGGUGGAGGAGGUCCGUAGGGUUGACACGAAGAAGCUCCAGGAUGAAUACGACAAGCUGGUGCAGGGCUUGAGAGCGAAUGAUAUUAUGGAAGAGAAUGAGGAGCCGCUGGUAGAGUCGCCUGUCCUUCCUGCAGACAUUCUGAAGGACGCGGUCCCCGGAAAUAUCAGGCGCGCCGAACACUUUGUAGCCUUUCUGAAGAGAUUCAUCGAGUAUCUGAAGACAAGAAUGAAGGUCCUUCAUGUUAUUUCAGAGACACCCAAUUCCUUUUUGCAGCACUUGAAACAGCUGACCUUCAUUGAUCGUAAGCCGCUUCGCUACUGUGCAGAAAGACUGUCCUUGCUGGCCAGAACUUUGGAGAUUGAUGAAGUCGAGGAGUUUAAUGCCCUCAAAGAUAUUGCAACUUUUGCAACUCUGAUCUCAACGUAUGAGAGCGGGUUUUUACUAAUUAUAGAACCAUAUGAGAUAGAAAAUGCGGCAGUUCCAAAUCCAAUAAUGCGAUUCACGUGCCUUGAUGCCUCCAUUGCAAUCAAACCAGUGUUUGAGAAGUUUUCGUCAGUUAUUAUUACAUCGGGGACCAUUUCUCCGCUUGACAUGUACCCUCGAAUGCUGAAUUUUGAGACAGUUCUUCAAAAAUCUUACUCCAUGACGCUGGCGCAGAAGUCCUUCCUCCCAAUGAUUAUAACCAAGGGGUCAGACCAGGUAGCCAUCUCUUCUCGGUUUGAGAUCAGGAAUGAUCCCUCAAUUGUCAGGAAUUAUGGUUCCAUAUUGGUUGAAUUUGCCAAGAUUACUCCUGAUGGUAUGGUAGUGUUCUUCCCCUCAUAUUUAUAUAUGGAAUCCAUUAUUUCAACUUGGCAGACAAUGGGGAUUCUAGACGAGGUUUGGAAAUACAAGCUCAUCCUCGUGGAAACACCAGACGCACAGGAAACUUCUCUAGCUUUAGAGACUUACCGAAAGGCCUGCUCGAAUGGGCGCGGCGCAAUAUUACUUUCUGUGGCCCGUGGGAAGAUUUCUGAGGGAAUUGAUUUUGACCACCAUUACGGUAGGACUGUAUUGAUGAUUGGAAUUCCUUUCCAGUACACUGAAUCGCGUAUUCUAAAGGCGAGGUUAGAGUUCCUAAGAGAAAACUAUCAGAUACGGGAAAAUGACUUUUUAUCCUUUGAUGCAAUGAGACACGCCGCUCAAUGUUUGGGAAGAGUCUUGAGGGGUAAGGAUGAUUAUGGCGUGAUGGUGCUCGCCGAUCGGCGAUUCUCAAGAAAGAAAAACCAACUUCCAAAAUGGAUCGCACAAGGGCUCUCUGAUGCUGACCUGAACCUUUCUACUGAUAUGGCGAUAGCUAAUACAAAACAAUUCCUAAGGACGAUGGCACAAGCAACUGAUCCGAAGGACCACGAAGGUGUUUCUGUUUGGAAUAUCAAGCAACUGCUCGCUUACCAGCAGGAACAAAAAAGAAGAAAAGGGACUAUGGGCGUCAUAGAAGAGGAGGUUGACGAGGAUAUAGAACUACCAGAUGCAUAA